AAUGGAGGGAUGGAACAGGGCAUAGCGGUGAGGUGGGAGAAACUCAGAGUAGAUAGUUGUGGCCAGUUGAGAAGAGAAUAUACCAGCCUGGCACAUCAGCUGAAAAGAGUUAAACUUUCUCUUAAUAGUGCAGGGUAUUCAAAGAACACCUUAGGAAGAACACAUCCCAUGAAAGACAAAGCUGAUCACAAGCACAGGCCUGCUGAUAUAUUUGACUUUCCUGAUAAUUCUGACAUCUCAAGUAUUGGCAGUCUUGGUGAAAAUGAGAAAGAUGAAGAACCUUAUGAAACCUUUGAUCCUCCGUUACACAGCACUGCUAUAUAUGCUGAUGAAGCAGAAUUCUCCAAACACUGUGGAUCAUCCGUGCCUUCAACUCCUCAAGGAAAAGAGGGAAAGAAAAGCUCGAACACUUCUGAAAAUGAAGCAAGUGAAACUGAAUCUGUAAAAAAUAGUGUAAAAAAGCCAAGAAGACCCAAGCCCAUUAGUGAGUCUGAAAGCAGUGAAGAAGACGAUGUAAGAAGAAAAGUUAAGUCAGCAGAGAGAGUAAGUAUACAGCCACAUGCCCCUGUUCCAACUGUGGCCUCUUCAGGACAUGCAGAGAAGCCAGCUGAAUCAGUCCCUCAAGGGCCAGGAUCCCUCAGAGACCAGGCUGCUGUUGAAAAAGAGAGUCACGCAACACAGAGUCAACCGAAAACUCAGAAAAAAGGGAAAAUAUCUCCUGGAAAAAGGAAGAAAUCAAGAAGAGAAGCCACAGGUACAAAGUACUCAGAUAUUUCUGAAAGUAUGCAUAUUUGGUGUCUAGAAGGGAGAAAGACCAGUGACAUCAUGGAGUUGGAUAUUGUUUUGUCUACAUUUGAGAAAACCCUUGUGGAAUAUAGACAAAGAGUAGAAUCUAAAAUUUGUAAAGAAGCCAUCAACAAAUUUUAUUUUAAUAUUAAAGAAGAACUCAUCAGAAUGCUUAAAGAAGACCAGAUGUUGAAAAAUCUGAAAAGGAAGAAUGCUAAGAUGACUUCUGAUACUGAUAGGAAAAGGCAGCGUCUGAUUGAAGUCCAGGAUGAACUUCUUCGGUUAGAACCACAGCUAACACAACUACAAACAAAAUAUGAUGAACUUAAGGAGAGAAAGUCAUCCCUUAGGAACACAGUGUAUUUCUUAUCAAAUUUAAAACAGCUUUAUCACGAUUAUUCAGUUGUUCAAGAGAAAGAACCAAACAUAAAGGAAACGUAUGAUUCAUCCAGCCUUCCAGCUCUGUUAUUUAAAGCAAGAACACUUUUGGGAGCUGAAAACCAUCUGCAAAAUAUCAACCAUCAAUUAGGAAAGCUCCUUGGCCAGGAAUGAGAAGACCAGUUUACAAAAAUUACCUACAUAACCCAUCUCAUGCUACUGUCUUUUACCCUCUCAAACUCUUUAAUUUUUUAAAAGUAUGACUUAAUCACUAGAAUAAAUAAAACAAGUUUGUCUUCUGAUUAAUGUCUUAAUAAAUUUUAAAAUGUUGAUACCUUAUCUUAAUCAGCCCCAGACAUAUGAGUUUUAAUCUAUAAAUAAACUUUUAAAAUUGUCAUUAUGAACA